UCGGCCCACUUCGCUGCCCCCGCCGCGGGUCUCGGGUCCCGCAGGAGGAGAGGAAAGGCCUGUGAGCCUGAGCCGCUGCCCGCAUGGACGGCCCCGCCUGCGGCCCGCCGGGGGCAUCCCCCUGCGAGGCGGAGCUCCAGGAGCUGAUGGAGCAGAUCGACAUCAUGGUGAGCAACAAGAAGCUGGACUGGGAGAGGAAGAUGCGGGCCCUGGAGACCCGCCUCGACCUGCGGGACCAGGAGCUGGCCAACGCGCAGACGUGUCUGGACCAGAAAGGGCAGGAGGUGGGGCUGCUCCGACAGAAGCUGGACAGUCUGGAGAAGUGCAACCUAGCGAUGACUCAGAACUAUGAAGGCCAGCUCCAGGCCCUGAAGGCCCAAUUUUCCAAGCUGACCAGUAGCUUUGAGAAGCUGAGGCUGCACCAGAUGAAACAAAAUAGGUUCCGAAGGAAAGCAGCGCCGCCCCUCAGGGACGAGAUGCCCUUUGACCCGAGCGACUUGAACCAGAAGUUAGAGGAAUUUAGAGCAAAGUCCAGGGAGUGGGACAAGCAGGAGAUUCUCUACCAGACUCACCUGGUGUCUGUGGACGCUCAGCAGAAGGUGCUCUCCGAGAAGUGCGACCAAUUCCAGAAACAGGCACAAAGUUACCAGACGGAGCUGUGUGGCAGCGAGCAGGGUGUGCUGGCCGGCAGCCCCGCGCUCCCGCGCUUGGCCUGGGAGGCCGACCCCGGCGGGGACGCCAGCGCGAGAGACGACUUCAUCAUCGAGAAGUUGAAGUCGGCCGUGAGCGAGAUGGCGCUGAGCAGGAAUAAACUGCAAGAUGAAAACCAGAAGCUCCUGCAAGAGCUGAGACUGUACCAGAGACAGUGCCAGGCCAUGGAAGCGGGGCUCUCGGAGGUGAAGAGCGAGUUGCAGGCCCGGGACGAGCUCCUGAGAGCCGCAGAGGCCGAGCGCGCGCGCCUGCACGAGGAGCUACUCACCGCGGGGGAGCUGCGGAGCGCGCAGGGAGACCGCAGGCUUGACCCAUGUUGUUCACAUUCUGUUAAAGACCCAGAAAGGAAGAGCCAAGAGCUUUUUCCAGUGACCCCAGAUCAGCCCGAUCGUGACAAGGAGCUGAGCAAGAGCACGGACCUCGCCCCCCGCGGGUACUCGAGGCACACGUCCAUCAACACGCUGGAGCGCGAGAACCAGCAGCUCCGCAGCGACCUGGCGAGGCUGCAUGCCACGGGGCCACCCUGGGCCGGCCGGGACGCCUGCGCGGGAGCGGGGCGCUGCACCUGCAGAAGCCGCGAGAGGCCGGGGCCCUGCGAGGACAGGUGCAGCCAGGACUGUGAGCAUCGUGGGAGCAGGACCCCGCCGCUGCCCCUGCUGCCCGCCCCCCACAAGGCGGCCGCCAGCCCGCUGCUGAGCGAUGAGGACAUGUUCCCCCUGUCGCCCCCGGACAUGGCGGCGUCGCCGGCCGCGCGGCGCUUCCUGCUGGACGAGGAGCGGCGGGCGCGGGAGCUGGAGACGCUGCUGACCGCGCACAUCGACGAGCUGCAGCGGCGCUGGGGGCGCGCGGGCGGGGGGCGGGCGGGGGCGCAGCACAGGCGCGCGUGA